UAAGAACCAUUUAAUUUGAUUUGAUUAUAAUAUCUUUUUAAUUCGACUUUAGUAUAAAGUCCACUGCAGCAUCUCCAAAUUUUGCGUCUACUUUAAUCUUGUAAAAGAAUUUUUUAUUUCAUUUAGGAAUAAAUUCGGAGAUUUAUAUCGAAUGCAAUGUUCCGACAAUUUGGUCACUCCAACAUCCCCUUAAAGAAAAAUUGCAUAAAAAAUGUACUAAUUGCAAAAAUCAAUUUUUUUAAACAUAUCAAUAAAUAUAUGCUUGAAAAUAUUGCAUACAGUUAUACGUUUCCUAGUUUUCAUGCACACGACUGCGUGCCUUUUCAUGCUUAAACCAAUCGUGCUGACUCUGACAGCGAAUGAUGUCUUCAAUCUGACAAAAUCUUCUAUAACAUAUGCAUCGAGAUUACCCUUCCACGUGGAGUACGGCGAAAAAUUCAAUCAAUAUAUAUAUCCAAUAGCAGUACAUAAUUAUGCGGCCGUAGUCGCUCAUUCGUUUGCUACAAUCGCCGUUGAUGGAUUGUAUUACAGUUUAAUUCAGCAUGCUUGUGGAAUGUUCUCGAUUAUUGGAAACACCCUGGAGGAUAUUGGUAAAAAUAACGAGGAAAAUUUUGACGCGAAACCAAUCAAAGUAAAAGAUGACAAUUACAGUAAAACUUUACAUUGUUUACGUAGACAUAUCAUUACGAUAGAAUUUGCAGCGCAUAUCGAAUCGUUAUUUACAAAAAUAUUUCUGAUAACUCUUAACUUAAAUAUGAUUAGUAGCAGUAUAACCGGUAUACAAGUGCUAAUGAAUUUAGAUAAAGGCGCAAAUGACAUCACCGGACCCUUAACUAUCUACGUUGCACAAUUGAUUCAUUUAUUUCUUCUUUUUUGGCAAGGUCAAUUUUUACUUGACUACAGCAUCCUCCCAUAUGAAUCUAUGUAAGAAUGAAUUCAAAUCAGUAGUCUAAUUACCUAAUUUUCUUUUUCUCUUUUCUUUUUUAAGCCUUCGAGGGAAAACUCAAAUAAAAAUGUAUAGUU